AUGGUGACAGACGCAGAUUUGUAUCGCCGGUCGAGUCAGUAUCAGAAGUGGUCGUUUACCAAGGACCAGCUGGCUGAACUGCUGGCCAAACCUAACAGAAACGUGCCACCCCACGAGCUUGCUUUGACGGUUCAGGAGGAACAGCAAUUGAUCCUGUACUAUGCCGCCGAGCAAGUCAAGUCGGUGUGCCAGCAGUUCAAGCUGCCAUCCCAGGUUCGGGCGACGGCUAUAUCGUUUUUCCGCAAAUUCUAUAUGAGAUACAGCGUGAUGGAGUACCACCCUAAGCUAAUUUUGCCCACAUGUGUCUUUUUUGCCGCCAAAGCCGAGAAUGCGUUCAUGUCCAUUACCACAUUCUGCGACUCGCUAGCGAAAACAGAACCGAGCCAGAUCCUGGACCUCGAGUUUCUGCUGUUUAAAACACUAGAGUUCACUGCUACUGUGCAUAACGGCCUCCGGCCUCUGCAUGGCUUCUUCUUGGAUAUGCAAACUGUGCUGGACACGUUUGAUCGCACCGAGCUCUGCAGUAUUCACGACAAGGCCAAGUCGCUGAUUGUCGACAGUUUUGUGUCUGACGUUUGUUUUCUGUACACCCCAACACAAAUUGCGCUUGCAGCAUUGAUGGAGGUCAAUGAGCUGGCUGCUACGCAAUACAUGGCCCAGAGCAUGGACGGCCCGAACACUAGUCUAGAUCGACUGCUAACGCUAAUACAUGGCUGUCGGCAGCAGCUUGUUGUGAAUUUGCCCAGCCAGGAGGAGGUGAAGGGUAUUUCGAAAAAACUGAGUCGCUACUAUAAAGACACGGGCAGCGAGGGCCCGGCUACCAAAAAGCAGCGCACUAAUUAA